AAAAUUAGUUCUGAGCUAGGGUUUACGUCUUCUCCUUAAAAACCUUCUGUUCCUUAACAUCUCGACCAACGCAUCAUCAAUGGGGAAGAAGAGCAUGUCAUCAUUCAAGGACGAGUUCUCAUACGAAGAACGAUUGGAAGAAUCCCGAGACAUCAUCGCCAAAUACCCAGAUCGAGUCCCGGUGAUUGCUGAAAGGUAUUCAAAAACCGACCUUCCCGAUAUGGAAAAGAAAAAAUUCCUGGUUCCCCGGGACAUGUCUGUUGGGCAAUUCAUUCACAUCUUAAGUAUCAGGCUUCAUCUGACUCCCGGAAAAGCUCUUUUCGUAUUUGUGGAGAAUACCUUACCUCAAACAGCGAGUUUGAUGGACACUGUCUAUGAAUCCUUCAAGGAUGAGGACGGGUUCCUGUACAUGUCUUACAGCAGCGAGAAAACUUUUGGAUAUGGUGAUAUCCAGAUACAUGGACACUGAGCUCCGUACAUUGUUGUAGAAUCUUCAAUCUGCUUCUCCUCUGUGUGAAAUAAUUGUUGGAUACAAUCUUUAUAUAUGAGAAAAGUCCUAAAGUUAUAUCAUUGUAUUCCAGGUAAAGGAAAUGCGAAUGUUACAUUUGUGACUGUUGUUGCUGAACUUCUAUGUUAUUUAUCAAAGGGGUUUAGCUUCUUAUCACUUC